ACACUUCAGUGCAGGACCAGGAUCCCUGACACUGAGCUAAUGGAGCCAGUGCCUGAAGCUUGUGUCAUUGGCUGCUCUGGUCACUCAGAGAAUCUUCUCAGCGUCAAUGUGAAUGGGUUGAAACCUCGCAGAGUGGUGGAAGUCUAUAUCAAGCGCAGCUUGAGUCUAAGAGAAGCUGAUUUGAGAGGGAAGGAGCUGAAGUGGAGAUCACUUCCAACAAAGAUGCCACAAAGAAGUCUAAGCCGCCCAGAAGGAGCUGGGUUGCGUGAGUCGGGGACAGUAGGCAGGGAGAGUGAAAGGAAGCAGGCUGAAACAGAAAGCCUAACACAUCGAAAUGACGGCCUCCCUCCAAUCAAUAACUCUUUGAGCACUGACACGGCUGUGGUGAAGGAAGCUGGCAAAGACAGGAACAAGGAUGCAAAAAGAGGGAGAAGGUCUCAAACAUUCUUCGGGAAGAUCACCAGCCUCCUGUGGAGAAAAAAAGGUGAUGAAAAGAAAGAGGAUGGAUGUAAAAAAUCCAAAGAGCUUGGUGCUCCUCCGGCAGAACAUACUCCUGAAGAGAAUGGGGAGCAGUUACUCAGUGAGAGUCAGAGGACACCAGGAGACCAGCAGAUCAACCCUCACAAAACCAAGGUCCGGAGGAAAAGCAGCUUGCGCAGAGUUUUCUCUUUUAAGAAGAAUAAUUCGGAAGUGAAAGAAUUUGGAUGGGGAGGUCCAGGGGCCAGCAAGGUUAAAGCGGAACAUCCCAAGCAACUGGCUCUGAAAGCUGUGUGCAGGCCCAGGCUGAAUAAAACAGCCCGCGACUCUGAGUCUGUGUAUGAGCAGGUGUCCGAGGAAGUGGAUCGGAUAGUUCAGAGUCUUGAGACCAGCGGAGACAAAGAGAAGUGCCUGAAGGAAACACACGCAGUUGAAGAAUUGGAAACAGAUGGGCCAAGAGAAUCCGUAGAUAACUCCAUUUCCAAAAUUAUUGCAAUACUCCAAAAUGUCGGUGAUCGUGUUGAUACAGAGCUCCAAGGAGAUGUGUUGCUUUCCACAUUCUUCCAGGACAUCAGCUACAAUUCCUUCAAAGAACUCAAUACAUCCAAACUGAAGUGAGGAGCAAAGUGACACAGGAGAACCCCGACCUGGUCAAGUUUGCUUUUACUCUCGAUUUUACUGCAAAGGUAGCAGGGCUGUGUACCCAUCAGAUCAAACAGAUUACCGGCUUCGGGAGCCAGUAUCUCUGGGAGUCUUGUUGGCACCUGCCCAGUUUUAGUGUGCAGCAGGAAACAGCAAACAACACGGAGAAAAUUCCAAGUCCAGAUUGAAGAGUGAAGGUCAAAUCAAAGACUGAUUUUCUUGCCUGGGGAUGGCCACCACUUCCUGAAACUUUAUACUAACCCAGACUGAUAAACUGGCCUCACUACGAAAUCAGCACUCAAACAUCCUGACUUAGAAAUGUAUCACCGUUCCUUCACUGAUAUAUUUUGUCGCUGAGUCAAGAUCCAGGAAGUCCCUCCCUAAUGGCAUUGUGGGUGGGUCACCGCUACCUUCUGCAGGACGGUUGGGGAUAGACAAUAAAUGCUGGGCUCACCAGUGACUCCUUCAUCCUGUUAAUAAUUCCCUAUUUAAAGAAGCUCUAGUUUUGGAUAAGAUUAUCAGUCUUUUACUGUUACAUUGGGAGAUGGAAUCCACAGGUGGAUGACAAAAUGUCUGUACGAGGUGCUGCAGUUAGCCUGAUCUCUCGCUGAGGGAACCAAGUGAAUGGCCUUCCUGUGAUAGACUUUGCUGGGAACAGGUAGAUCCCGACUCCAGAAUGCACUGUGUCUUUAAUCUGAGAAUAACCUUUGAUUUGUUCUGAAUGGGUCAUUGGUAGAGUCUUCCAACCAGCCUUGACCCUCUGGGGAUCAGAGCAGAAAGGAAGUGGUAGAUAUUGGCAGAAUUACAAUGUUUAAAAGGUUUGGAGGGAUAUGGGCCAGGAGCAGGCUGGUGGGACUAGGUUUGUUCAGCAUGGACUGGUGUGGCCCGAAGACUCUGUUUCUGUGCUGUAAGACUGUGACUCUGUGAUCUGCAGAAGUUCCACCAUUGAGUUUAUACAAGACAGACAACAAUAGAUUUCUAAGUGAUACGGAAAUCAAAGGAGUAUGAGGCUGGGGGUGUGGAAUGGUGCUGAGGCAGAACACACAUGGUCUGUUUGAAUGAUAGAGCAGGCCUGAGACUGAUUGGCCGACUCCUGCUGCUAUUACCACUGUUUUAUCAUUCCAUCUCCAUGCACGCUGUACUCUGAGGUGAGAUAGUUUCUUUGAAACCUUGCACUAUAAUGUUUCUGGUGAAAUGUCUCUCUGUUCAGGUAGUAUCUGCUGUACACGUGUUAUUGGUAACUGCACAGUUCCCAAAGCCAGCUGUUAACAUGCAGAGAUAUUUGACAGGCUGCUACCUGAGCGACUGCUCAUGUGGAAGGAUUAAUUUACACUAUCCCAGAGCAGGUGGUACACCUUUGUAUGAAAUCCUCAUAUCGCAUGGUUUCCAAAGCAUAGCAGACUGUGAAAAACAGGGCAGUCCCAUGAGCAAGCUGACCUGACCUGGUUCCUUAUUUAUUCAGUUAACCACAGGACAUCUCAACUCUGUGACAAGUGCUGUUCUUUAUUGUAUGCACACAAGUGUUUUGGGAGCAACAUAGGUUUCAUAUUUACUGAUGUGCUUAUAUUGGGUUAUUUAUAGCAUUUGGAGGCUUUAAAUGAUAAUGUUAGAGUGCUGCUGGAGGUGUUAAUGUGAAUGUCUGCAGGUACAUGUUUGCAGAAGGAAUUCAUCGAACUUGAAGAGUUAAUUCUGUUUCUGUCUCUCCACAGAUGCUGCCAGACCUGCUGAGUUUCUCCAGCAAUUCCUGUGUUAAUUUUAUUUCAGAUUCCCAGCAUCUGAAGAAUUUGGCUUUUAAGUGGUUAGUUUCCUUGUUCUGUUUGCAGUGAACAGACUCCUGUAUUCGGGUAAUUAACAAUUAAGAGUGAGGGAAUAAAUUGCAGUUGAUUAGAAUUUAUGAACGGGUGCUUAGUGGAUUGUGGGAAGACUUUUCAAGGAAGUAUCGCGAUUUUCUGAAGAAUGGUCCUGUUCAAAUAUAUGAUUGAUUAAGGUGGAGGGUAAUUAUUUCUGUUAUUCACCAUUAAUGCUUAAAAGCCUUUACACCUACUAAACCAAAUAAAGUUUUUUUAAAAAAUCAAAUUUUAAAUCAGAUUCAAUUUUUAAAGCUUGAAAUAAUGUCAAACA